AAAAUUGGGGAGGAAAUAGCCUUCCCGGGAUCAGCGUUGCAGUAUAGAGUUACGACGGAGGCCCCUCCCCCUGUCUGGCUCGCUCUUUUUUCUCAACCUCUCGGUUGGCUUUCCGUGAGGGCUCGCUCCUGCUCACGCUCAGACCGCCGCGAAAUAGCAGGCAGAAGAUGGCUGACUCGACCGGGCACGGUGAGCCCGCAACAGCAGCACCAGCAGCAGCAUCAAGUUCACCGGGGCUUCUCGCGCGCUUGCCAUUCGCUGCCACUCCGCAACUCUAACGGCCCCGCCUCACUCAGUGCCCGGGUUUUACCCCCAAAUAUUGACAGAGAUUUAAAGAAAACAUGGCUGAGAUGGAGAAAGAGAUGGGAAGACCCCCGGAAAACAAGAGGAGCAGAAAACCAGCUCACCCCGUGAAGAGGGAAAUAAACGCAGAGAUGAAGGUUCCGGCCAAUCGGCCCCUCCCCGAGGCGGGGCAAGCAGGCAAUCUCCAUGGCAACUCGCCCUACUUGAUGAGUUUUGCCGAAAACACAAUGAAUGAGCUACUUGGAUGGUAUGGAUAUGACAAAGUGGAGUUACGAGACUCAGACGACAUUGAGAUGCGUAACUACCCUGAUGCAGAAAUGCGGCAGCACAUCUCUGUCCUAAAAGAGAACUCUUUGCCAAAAGCAUCCACAGUGGAGAACAACGCUGGUUCUCCUACGCACGCCAACAGCACUGGCUCUACUCCAACAUCACGAAACGGAGUGACGGCCGAAUCAUCUGCAAACCCUUCCUCCUCAAAGGAACAUGGAGGCCUGCCAAUCAUAGUGCCCUUAAUCCCGCCUCCUCUGAUUAAAGCACCAGCCGAGGAGGACACCUCUAAUGUUCAGAUAAUGUGCGCAUGGUGUCAGAAGGUGGGAGUGAAGCGUUAUUCUCUCAGUAUGGGCUCUGAACUGAAGAGUUUCUGUAGUGAGAAAUGCUUCGCUGCCUGUCGACGUGCCUACUUCAAACGCAACAAGCUUGGAUAUGUGAGGAAUUGCAGUGCCAGAGAGGAGGAGGGCGUUCCACACCACAGCUUGUCCAAAGACACGCCCAGACUUGUGCUCAAGACAAACAGCGAUGUGCUUGUCUGUGAUUGGUGCAAACACAUCCGGCACACUAAGGAAUACCUAGAUUUUGGUGCGGGGGAAAGGCGGCUUCAGUUCUGCAGUGCAAAGUGUCUAAACCAAUAUAAGAUGGAUAUAUUCUAUAAAGAGACUCAGGCUGCGCUACCAGGGGGAUUCUGUAACCCACCUCUCCCAGCCAAUGAUACUAAAUCUGAAAGUGGAGCAGGUGUACAGCUUCUAACACCUGAGUCAUGGAGCUCACCUCUGAACGAGCUCCGCGGUCGCAAGGCACCAUCACCAGGGGGCAUCACCUCUGUAGCCGGACCCUCUGGAUCCACAUCAGGGUCACCAUCUGAAACUGGAACGGUGUGUUCAUCUUCGUCUUCGUCAUCAUCAUCCUCAUCAUCAUCUACGAAAAUCCCCACACCACGGCCACACGAGAGCCCUGUGUUACCUCCCCCUCCCCCACCGCACUUAGCUGGUUUACACCCAGCUCUGGGUAUGCCACCCGGCAGCCCACCGAUGGUCAUGACUCCACGUGGUCCGGUUCCUCUUCCUCUCUUUAUGGAGCAUCAGAUGAUGCAGCAUAUUCGCCCUCCAUUCUUACGCCCCCCAGGCCCCAACAGUCCUCAUUCCAAUCCCAUAAUACCUGGAAUCGGGCCACCACUCCCUCCUAGAACUUUGGGACCUCCAUCAAGCCCCAUGCACCGCUCACUGCUCUCUCCCCAGAUGCACCCGUCCUCCACUCCAACCCUUUCUGGAAAUCCUCCAGGUAUGAUGCAUCCUCACUCUGGUACCCACAUGCCAUCUUUGCCUUUCCCCCCAGUUAACAUGAUGCCAACUGGACCCAUCCCUGUACCACCCAUUAUGAACAUAGGCAUGCCUUCUCUUGCCCCAUUAGUGCCACCACCAACAUUAUUAGUGCCCUAUCCGGUGAUUGUGCCAUUACCAGUACCAAUACCCAUACCGGUACCCAUACCAUUCAGUCCCCAUGCAUCACGUGAUCGACCAGGAAAUGACGGAACGCUUCCGAAUGCCUCAAAUGAGCACAGUGACUCAAGAGUACCACCCUCGUUUUCUCCUAGCCCCUCUAGAGAGAAGGGGAGGGAUUUUCAGCAGGCCCCACCCACCUCAGAUACACUCUCACCAGGCUUUUCCAAACAGACAGAGCAGAGCAGGACAAACAUGGUGGAUCUGAUGGUUAAAACGGAAACCCCCGGAAACUUAAACUCUGGACACUCCCACAAAGACACACUAGCAGAUGGAGUGAUUGACCUAACGACCAAUCGCCGCUCACGGCAACAGCUAGUGAUCCAGAGAGCUGUAACCUGUGUUCAGGUAAAAGCAGAGCCUGGGAUAAGCCCACCACCUGUAGUUUCACAACUGGGUGAGGCUGAGGUGGAUGGGGCGUCCAAUUCUAGCACAGAGGAUAAUCACAGAGACAGUAAUUCUAAAAGCCCAUUGGCUAGUAUGGCAUUGCCUUGUGCUGAUCCUUCCUACUGCAGUGGCACUCCCCCUCUUUCUCAGCCAAUUACAUGCAUCACUAAAACUGUCCCUGGCAACAACACCACAGCUAAAACCGAGCCUGGCUCUGCUACGCCCUGCAAUGUAAUUGUCAAUGGGAGUUGUAAUGUGCCAUCUGCAGAGGGUUCGUUUAGGACAUCUCCGUUAGAACAUCGACCUCUCGUGGACCCCUGUCGCAGGUCAGCCACAGUGUGCGACGACCCCACUGGGGUAGAUCUAGAAGGUGAGGACCUGAAAGAAAACAGUUGCCUGGCCACAGAAAGAGACUCAGCAGUUAAAAGAAGUACAAAUGACCAGUCUGCCAUUACAACAGGAACUGGUGAGGACAAAUCACAAAGUCCUGACGAUGCUCCAUCUGGUGAGGACCAUGCCUACGCCCUGCCUAUAAUGCCCAAACCUGGCUGUGUCAUUCAGCCUGUGCCGAAACCUGCUGACAAAACCACUGCCAUCCUGCCAUGUGGCUUGACAGCCCCAUUAACAGGAACAGUGGCUAUGGAAAUGGAGCCUCCGCUAAAGAGAAGGUGUCUGCGUAUCCGCAAUCAAAACAAGUGAAACAGAUUGAUGUUAACAUCUCACCAAAGGGAUAAAGAGUAUUACACUGCAGCAGAGACCUUCAGCUGUCCACAAACUACACUCAAUCAAGAUGUCAACCAUGUUCCUCUACACUUCCUAAACCCACACACAUGCAUUGUAUGCACAUAUCACCCAGAUUGGGCAGCAAUCUGCUUUGUCUCCGCCCCUUUGGCUAAACAAAAAAUGACAAAAGUGUCAUUCAGGAAAGUAGAUUGGCUUUGAUGUUUGACCUUUAGUUGUGAUGUUGAGGCAAGAGAUAUUUCCCAUCCUCUCCACUAGACACCACAUCCAUGACUAGCUGAGGACUCCACUCCUAUUGUAUGGCAGUGGUAUUACAGUGCUGAAGACUACAGUGUAUAUAUGGAUUUCCAAGAUCUAAUACAAACCCAGAGCAGCUCGAAAGAUCUGAAUACUCUUUCGCUCAAAUCUUUCCCUCUCUUUCUCUAUUCCCUGACUAAGUGUAUCAGUAUCUGCAACACCAGCAAAACACUCUGUACCCUUUUUUAACUUCUUUCAGUCUAUCUCUCCUUUCUGAGGGAGAGGUGUUCAGCAACUGGACACCAAAACGACAGGAAGAGGAACGGGUCACUUCAUAAGUGGGCAAAAGAGUGAGCAAACUUCAGUUUUAUCUCAAAGAUGAAGCUGUAAAGGAUGGACACCUGACACAAAAACAGAAGACAAGUCUGCAUUACUGGACGACGGUGGACUUGUUUAUCUGCCUAUACUUGUGCAAUGAACAAUUCACUCAUUUGAUAACAGGGUACAGACCUCAAAAAUCAUUUAGGCCAACUGUUAAAAUGGCUGACAGCCUUGCGGCCAUUGGCUUGGAGACUGUUCCACCCGCAUGGCUAAAAUGGCAAGCUGAUAUUCUCAUAGUUAUGAUGGCACAUUGCAUAACUCAAUGAAUAGUUGGUCCAACACUGCUGGUGGGUUGUGUACUGUACACAUUGCUCUUAUAGAUCAGAUUGCUAGAGGGAAACCAUCGUCCGGAUGGGCAUUUGGUUUUUUUUAUCUCAUCAUAUAUAUAUGAUGAAUCGUUUUUAGCAUGGUGCUCUUGGUCAAGUUUUAAAUGAGAAAGAUCUCUCUUGGGUUUUCUAUCAGUGAACAAUCAAAACCAGUUGAGUGACUUUGGUUUGGUCAGCGGUGAGAUAGUGUCAGAGGUGCAUUCAUGAGGUUUGUUUUUAUUCUGUUGCUUUUUUGCCAAAUCCUAAUCAGUGCUAAAUUACAUUCAUCACAUCCUUUCCUGCUACGGCGACUGAAAGCGGUUUCAUUCACAUUUCCAAGGUGCCUCAGUGUAGAGUUCACUUACACAGGAUGCCAAGAACAUUUUAAUGAAAGGUAGACUUGGUUGGUAAAGUGGUCGAAGAGCCAAAAUGAUAUCGGUUACAAAGAGUACUGUAGGAGUCAAAUGCAUGGUUAGCAACUGUAUGCAUCUGUUUUUUGUUUUACUGAACUGAAGGAGAAAAUUUUUAAAACCCAGUCUGAGUGUGUGGGAGAAUGUGUGUCAAAUUUCUUUAGUAACUUUGGCCAAAAAUAGUUCAAUUUCACAAAACGUUCAAGUUUGCUCAAGCUGUUUUGGACAAAAAGUAGAGUGUCAAAAUUUUGGUCAAAACGCCCUUCAUGAAAAGAGGAAGUGAAACUCAAAGUGAAACUUCCUGAAAGCAGUUUAUUUCAAUUGUGUAUUUUUGUUUCUUCACCUCACCAGCAGAGUGAGUGGCCAUUAUUGACCCACCUUUACCAUGUUUUCCUCUCUCUCUCUCUCUCUCUCUCUCUCUCUCUCUCUCUCUCUCUCUCUCGCUCUCUCUCUCUCUCUCUCUCUCUCUCUCUCUCUCUCUCUCUCUCUCUCUCUCUCUCUCUCGCUCUCUCUCUUUCCUAUGCUCCUGGGUGAUAUACAAAGAGCAUUGAAGUGCUACCCUAUUCCUCUGUGGGAUUCAGUUUCGCAGCGGUAUUUUUUUUCAAUGGUAGACUCAGAGGUCUAACGAGUAGGGACUGGAUUUCUCUCUUGGGUUCAUAUGUGUCUGGGUCUCAUUCUAGUGUCAGAUUUAUGCACACACAUUCCUAUGUCAGAUAUAUUUUGUCAGUGCUGAUAUGGUUGGCUGACCCUACUUCUGGAUAGAAGUGUAGAGAACUGAUUGAUAUAAAGGGCAAAAUAUCAUAUGCUCUGUGUUUGGUGCACAUUGUGUUUAUGUUUGGGGGCAGAUUAAAGGAAUAGUUUACCCAAAAUAUUAAAAUUCUCUUAUAAUUUACUCUCAUGCCAUCUCAGAUUCAUGUGACUUAUAUUCAUAAGCGUAGAAUAUUGAAUAUUUUUUUAUCUGUUGUGCAUCAGAAGACAUUUAUUAACCCACUGGAGUUUGGAUUACUUUAAUGAUGGACGGAUGUGCUUUUAGAAGCUUGACCCCUCAGAGAAAUAACAUGAUGGCAUUUUAACACAAAACUCUUUGUUUGUGUUUAAAGGACAAGUUCGGUAUUUUAGACUUAAAGCCCUGUUUUCAGAUUGGUUUUGACUGAAAUUUCGACAUUUGCGGCUGCCCUGAGAAUUUUCGCGUGUUUGUGUUUCACCUCACACCUCUACAAUGGGUUUAAUGGUGCACUGGAACAAUCCUUCCUAAAAUGCAUUAAACUUUCGUUUACAAAGACGUGAAACUCACCGAGUGGUCAGGGGUGUUCACUGAUAUGCUCACACAAAAAUCGCUGCAAAAGACGCAUUCCAACAGGUUUUAUCGUAGAUUUUACCAACUCCAUUGACUUGUAUUAGAUGUCCUAUGAGGUAUGGUAUUUGUUUCUAUUCUUGCAAUUGGCAAUGGCGGAUUAGCGCCACCACCUGGGCUGGAGUGUCUAUUAUUCAAGCUCUAAGCGGAAGAAUGUACGGGUGUGAGGCGUUUGGAAAAAUAGGUCCACAAGUUAACAACGAAUGCUAAAACAGCUGUUGGAAUGCGUCUUUUGCAGCGAUUUUUGUGUGAGCAUAU